UGCUCUGGCGGAGGUCAGCAAUCGAUGAUCGGGCUCUGGUCCAAACAGUUACAAUGGAACAGCACCAGCCAGUGGAGAGAUUACAGGUCAGGCUGCUGCCCGCCCAGACGGCUGAGGAGCGGGCCGGUAACAUCAUAGCCCAUGUGGUAGUGGAGGGUCAUCAGGCCUCCCUGGUUCCCUACAUCGAUGAGCAGAGCUGCGAGAAGGUCACGCUGCGCUCCCAUUUGGAGGCAGCUGCACCACCAGUCGUCCAGCAGCCUCGGUUGCGGUACUAUGCCGUCGGCCCCUCCACCUACAAACUUCUGUGCCCCCUGUGCCACGAGAGGAGCGAGGCGGCCGUAAUGCGGGCGGCCAGUUGCAAGGAUGCCAGUUUCUGCCUCAGCCUGCUCUCCUGCAUCUUUCCGCUCUUCUGGAUCUGCUGCGUGUGCACCUGGUGUGGCUGCAACCGAGAGUGGACCACCAAAGGCGUCUACUGCAACCAGUGCGGCGGUAAGGUGGGCAUCCAGCGCAAGGCCAAGUAGUCGGUGGACCAAUUAAAAUGGAAUUAAUG